CAUCAGUGUUUUAUAAGUACAUCAUUCUGGCUUAAAUACACUAGUAUCCAAUUUUCUGACUUUCCCACUAAAUAUUUCUCUCUAACUGUCUCAAUCUUCUUUCUAGGUGCAGUUCUCCUCCUCCUCCAAGUUCUUCUCAAGUUUGACAUCCUUCUUGCUGCCCCUUCAGUUGGACUCCAAGAGGAGAAGGGAUCUGGGCUUGAGAACAUUCCUGAAAAGAAGCUGGAUCUGCAGAAAGAAUUAAGCAUGAGCUUAAAACUCUCGCGACAACUUCUUCACAAAACAAAGGAUCUUACAAGAUACUAUCUUUUGGAGCGUUUACCUGGAGCUGAGGUUCCUCUUAUUUCUCACUUGGAUUGCCUUCCCUCAACCAGCAUUGAUUUUCACACAUGGAUCUCUCUUUCGGAUGCCAGACGCUUGUCGCAGAUAGCCAAGACCGUUUCAUUUUAUCACAAGUUAGUACAACAGUUGAGGAACUUUGAAGCAAUCAAAGAAAAUUCCAAAUUCUCCUCUCAGUUUGAAGAUAUCGAUGUUAACCUCCGAGAUCUUCGUCAUCAAGUGGAUUACCAGAUUACACUUUGGGGCCUAUCAUCUGAUAUCCAGCCUAUAUCAACACCUCAGAUCCUUCAAUACCACAGUCAGUGGAGCAACCGCCAAGAAGUAUAUAUUGUCCUUCAUUCUCUCGAAAGCUUCCUGGUUCGGGUCGCACGAGAUUUUUUGAUGCUCAGGAUGAGGGUGUCCAAAGUGGCUUCACCUUCCAAGAUUUACAGAUCUUAACAUUUCUGUUUUAAACUCCCAUCACCUUAUUCCAAACAACUAAGGAAUGCCGGAAUCCUGGUAUCUUAAUGUUUAUGCUGUUCUGUAAAUUAUCUAAAAUAUCUAAUUUAUAUAUCUAUUUAUUUUUUCUAAAUAUUUUAUUAUUUUAACUUAUUUGUUAAAUUAAGUGUUUUGCCAGGUUCACAUAAGCAAUUGUUUAGUGAAUGCACUUUCUCAUGACAAUGUAAUUUUUUUCUUCAAAGGUCAGAAAGAAUUGCCAGCUAGUUUGCAGGGAAUUUUAAAUAUUUUGUUUAUCCAUAAAAAUAUGGGUGGCUACCACUUUAUUUAUUUUUUAAUGGGCCAGAGAAUCUUGAAGGGAUCUACAGAAAGAUAUAUAAUAUAUAAUCCCAAUGGAUUAUGGAGAAACUAUUCUUAAAUUUUCUAAAACAGAUUGAGUAAAUAUGCAUAUGGUAUAAAAUAUAUGUUUUGAGUGAUGCUGCCUUGUCUAA